AUGGCUUCAUAUCUGGACGAAAAAUACCUGCUUUCUCUGGCUGAUAUUGAUCCAGAGCUCAAAGCUUUCCUAGAGAAAGCCAAUCUUCCCCCGGUCAACUAUGAUGACCUGGCUGAUUUCAAAGUCAUGGUCGAAAAGCGCAAUGCGGGGGCGAUGGAAGCACUAGGUCAACCACCAGCAGAGAUCAAGCAAACUGAGCUCCACUACCCUACCAGAGAUGGUUCCAAGGUCCGCGCAAAGCUGUAUCAGCCCACGACACCUCCCAAGGAAGGGAGUCCCCUGAUUGUCAUGUAUCAUGGCGGCGGCUUCUGCAUUGGUGCUCCAGAGGGCGAAGAACAGACAUGCCGGAAUUUUGUGCAAGCCUUCGGAGCUGUCUGCAUCUCAGCCGCCUACCGUCUUGGACCCGAAUGGAAAUUCCCCUACGCGGUCAAGGACUCUUGGGAUUGUUUGAAAUGGGCAGCUGAAAACGCAAAGUCAUGGGGAGCUGAUCCCACCGUUGGGUUUGUUAUAGGUGGUACAUCUGCAGGUGGCAACAUUACAGCUGUGCUGGCACAUGUUGCUCGAGAUGAGGGUCUAUCACCUCCCCUGACAGGCCAAUAUCUGGCCAUCCCGGCGCUCGUCCCCCACGACAAAGUUCCAGAAAAGUACAAAAAGUACUUCCUAUCGUUCGAGCAGAAUAGGGACGCACCUGUAUUGCCAGUAGCAGCCAUUGAUAUGUUUAUGCGAGGCUAUCAGCCUGACGACGAUGACGCCGUUUGGUAUGCCGUCUUCAAUCAUCCAAAGGGCCACGCCAAUCUACCUCCGGCCUUUUUCCAGAUUGACGGGAUGGAUCCUCUGCGGGAUGAUGGAAUUGUCUUUGAGCGCGUCCUCCGGGAAGAGUAUGGCAUCAAGACAAAGAUGAAUGUGUAUCCCGGUUUGCCUCACGGUCACUGGGGAUUCUUUCCUUUUUUGAAAGCCAGUGAGACGUUCCGAAAGGAACAAGUCGAGGGCAUGGGAUUUCUUCUUGGAAGGGAGCCUGAUUUCAGCAAGGUCGUGACCACGGCUGUCGCCGCAGGUGUUUGA